AUGGCAGCAGAAAAUCAAGUGGAACCACCCUGCGAAAGCAGCCCAAGACGGUUUGCCCGUCUCACCAACAAUCCAGCCGCAAGACGAGCUGAGAUGAAAACAGGAUUGCUGCAAAUCAUCUAUGCUAAUCCUUUUGCAGGUCUGGAUCAUGAAGACCCCUACACUCACCUCACCCGAUUCUACGAGAUUGCUGGCACAUUAGGUACACCAGCAGCGGAAGAGGAAGCUGUGUUCAUGAGACUUUUUCCGCACUCGUUGAUUGGUAAAGCAAAGGAUUGGUACCUCGAUCAAGCAACAGAAACCAUGACCAAUUGGAAUGUCUUAGAGAGAAAUUUUCUUCACAGAUUCUUUCCUCAUAACCGAUUCAUGGAUGCAAAAACAACCAUUGCCACGUUCACUCAAUCUACAACCGAGACUUUGUGUGAAGCCUGGGAGCGUUAUAAAUCCAUGUUACGGAAAUGUCCAAACCACGGUUUCGAUGACAUGUCACAAAUCCAUAUUUUCCGUAAUGGAUUAUUACCUCAACCAAAGCUUUUACUUGACGCAACAGCUGGAGGUUCCUUGAUAGCAAAAAGUGCAGCGGAAGCAAUUGCAAUCAUCGAUAGAAUGGCUCUCACGGAUCACCAGGUGCAACACAAUCGAGGAACCGUGCAAAAGAAAGCUGGAAUUUUGGAAUUAGGCACAAAUGACGCAAUCCUAGCACAAAAUAAACUACUCACUCAAACCGUGGAAGAAUUGACAAAACAAUUGUCCAAGCUGCCUCAACAACUCAAAGAAAUGCACGGGUCAUCGAGCACAUCACAACAAGUAGCCUUAUGUGAACUUUGUACAGGUGACCAUCCAACCGGUUUUUGUCCUCCAAUCAAUGAAGAAGUGAAGUAUAUGGGAAAUCAGCAGCAGAGGCAGGUUCCUUACAAUCAAGGUUACCAACACAACAACAACGCAAGCUAUGGCCAAAACCGACCAAAUCAGUACCAAAGUUACACACAGCCAGAUAAACUUUCAAAAAUCGAGGAUACCUUGAAUCAAUUUAUGCAACUGUCCAUGGCAAACCAGAAGAACACUGAUGCAUCAAUUAGAAAUCUUGAAACGCAAGUUGGGCAGAUUGCAAAGCAACUAAGUGAGCAACAAAGAGGUACGUUUUCUGCCACCACUCAAGUUAAUCCCAAGGAAACCUGUAACGCAAUUACGACGAAAGCUGAUGACAUCGUCCAAAACAAAAUUGGGGAGAAUUCAAAAGGCAUAGUUGUGGAGAAAAAUCAAGAAAAAGGAAAACGUAAGGAGGAGGAAGAAAACAAUGCGGAUCCUGGACAAGUUACCUUACCAAUUACCAUUGGACAUCUCUAUUUUGAUAACGCUUUAGUUGAUCUUGGAUCAAGCGUAAAUCUUCUUCCGUGGUCCACCAUGAGAAAGAUUGAAGAUCUUCAUUUGAGCCAUACAACAAUGAAAUUACAACUUGCCGACAAAUCAACCACAAAACCUAUUGGCGUAAUGAAAGACGUAAAGAUCAAAGUGGAGGGUUUUCAAUGUUCAACUGACUUUGUGGUAAUAAGCAUGAACGGUAAUGAAGACAGCCCUCCAAUCUUAGGCCGUCCUUUCAUAAAAAUGGCAAGAAUGAUGAUUGACGUGGAUGAAAGGAAAAUGAAGGUAAGGCACAAAGAUGGAGAGAUCAAUUUCACAUUGUUUCAACACAAGGAGGAUGACUAUUCAAAAGAUAAAGCUCCUGAUGAAUUAGGCCUGGAAGCAUCCAAAGAAAUGGACGAAAAAGAAAGGCCAAAGGAUGGUGGCAAGGACAUUUUGACGAAUUCAUACAAACCACCAUAA